GUCAGAGUGGAGGGAACUGGAGGAGCGGAGCAGCGAACAGCCGAGGUUGAGAUGGACGAACAGAAUAUCGACCCUGGUUUGAUCCACGCGAUUUUCAAGCACGUCUGGACGAGAACAGCCCUCGAGCGGGAGAAGAACGAUCGCAAUGAAGCUCCUACGGACGCCGAUUUCGUUAUUGUAGGCGGCGGCGCCGGAACGGCGAAGAAGAAUCGCUCUACUUCCGGUAUCCUCUACCCGAACUCCAAUGCCUUGAAGCUGAGCGCGGAGCUCAUCCGUAUUUUCAUCUCAGAGGCAGUGCAGCGUGCCGCAGCAAUCGCUGAGGCAGAGGGAGAGACCAAAAUUGAGGCCACCCACUUCGAAAGGAUCCUUCCCCAGUUGCUCCUGGAUUUCUGAGGUCUGCAAGCUUCAAACACUUUGAAUGGCCUGCUUGCGACAUUUGUUGUUUAGACAUAGCUGUUGCCAUUUGUAAGGAUUUGGUUCAGGGCGGCCUCUGUUGAUCCCUUCCAUUUUGCAGGCCCGAAAAUUCUCUGCCAUCUGCCCGUCUUUAACCCACUAGUCCGGCAGCUUUAGAUACCUUAGAACGUAGGAAGUGGUCUCUGAUCAGUGUAGUGGAAAAACAAGAGAGGGAGCUCCUUUGUUUUCUCAUGGUCGCUGUGUUUUUCGUCUCAGCUUACUUUUACCCUUUUUCCCUACGGUUUGCUAGGUUUCCACUAAAAAUGUAACCUUUUUCCAUACGCCAGUCUCAAGUCAGUAAAGUAGCGAUACAACGACUUAGACAGAGUCGUCUGUCCACCAUGGAUAUGCUUUCUGGCGACUGAGCAUUUUGCCCUAAUUGGUGAAUCAGAGCUAAAAAGCUGUAUGUGAUAUUGAACAUCUUACAAAUAGAAAACCCCAAGUUGUACAGAGUCUUUCAGCAUUCUGAACUGAGUAAUAACAAAGAGCAAGAGACACAAGUUAACAGACAAAACUAUAGAGCCCAGCAACGAGGAAAACUAGCGCCUUAUUCGAGCAGUAGCGGGCACUUUUUAGACCACCGUAACUAAGAAGACACACUAGUGCUUGAUUUGAUCCAACAUGACCCUCACAUCCUUACUAUUCGGCCUCUGUUUCGGGUCCUCCAUGGUACAGAAGCACGCGAUCUUGAGCACCAGCAGCAUCUGCUCGUCGUACCCUUUCUCCAUCAGCUUCGGAUCGAUCGCCUGAGUGGGUUUCUCAGACGUCAUGACGUUCUUCAGCCACCUCACCAGGCUCAUCUCUCUCGUAUGCUGGAAGAACUCAUCCGAUGGAAGCUUCCCGAUCAGCAGAACGCCAAGCAGCACCCCGAAGCUGUAGAUGUCACACUUAUCAGUGAACUUCAGCGUCUGAUGAUACUCGGGCGCAAUGUACCCCACCGUUCCUGCAACGUUCGACGUGCUGAUGUGGGUGUUGGCAUCGGGCAUCGAUUUCGCCAGCCCGAAAUCAGCAAUCCGAGGCUCCAUAUCGUCGUCGAGAAGGACAUUCGCCGGCUUCAAAUCCCUGUGGAUGAUUCUGGGGCUGUGAUUGAUGUGGAGAUACUCGAGCCCGGCUGCUAUCCCUAGAGCAAUCCUGUACCUUGCUGGCCAAUCCAACUCCCUUCUCCCCUGAGACACCUCUUCCAAUAUGUUCUGCAAGCUGCCGUUCUUCAUGUACUCGUAGACCAGAUAGUGGCAAUCGGGCCGAGUUACAUGGGCCAGAAGUGGUAACAAGUUUCUGUGCCGGAUCUGGCCAACGGUGCCGAUCUCCGAUUUGAUCUGCCUCAUCUUCUUGUUCAUCAGCUUUGAGUCUUCGUCGGCCAAAUCGGCGGCGUCUUUGGACGGUUGGGUUACUUUUUUAAUCGCGAUCAUUUUCCCGUCGCUUCCGGGCAACUCCGCUCUGUAAACUUCGCCGCAGCCACCUCGACCGAUGAUUUCCAAAGAAGCCAGCCCGUCUUCUUUCUCCAGGAAAGCUAGAUCCUCGGAUUUCUUGAUCAUGGGGCUGAAGAUUGCGGGGCCGCCAUUUUUGCCUCCCCCUCGAAUCGCGGCGAGAAUCAUCCUGAACAGGACGCAGAACACGAACCCCGAUAUGCUCCCGGCGAUGCCUCCGGCGAGGAAGCCGAGGAGCCACCCGGCUAGCUUCUUCUUCCCCUUGUUGUGGCGCCGUCUGUGGGGAAUCACAGGGGACGGCCCUGGAGCUCCCGCGCCGGCACUCAUCGAGGAAGUCGGAGCGGAAGCUGGCGAAUCGGAAUUCGCCGAUCUAGGAGGAAUUGCCGCGCUUUCGUCGUCGUCCUCCUCGGCCAAGAUGUAGCGAUUCGGGUAAUUGGAUUUCAGCGCGGCAGGCGAGUCGGUUUCCAGCUGCUGGAGGAACCGGUUACCGGAGAGGUCGAGGAAUUGGAGGUUGCGGAAGGAGCGAAUCGAUUUGGGGACCUGCCCGGUGAAGAAAUUGUUGGCGAGGGAGAGGGUUUCGAGAUUGGGGAAGUGCUUCAGGAAACCCAGAUCGCCAGUCAAUCUGUUGGAGGCGAGAUUGAGGACGCGCAGACGGAGGAGGGACGAAACCCCUGGCGGGACUUCGCCGGUGAAUCGGUUGCCGGCGAGGUCGAGGAUCUCGAGCUUCCUGCAAUUGGCUAUCUCGGAGGGGAUUGGGCCGGCGAGGCGGUUGUUGGGGAAGGAGAGCUCCUUGAGCUCGGUGAGCCGGCCGAUUGCCGGCGGGAGUGUGCCGGUGAGGGACUGGGAUUCGAAGACCAGCCUGGUGAUUCUGAGCUCGUAGGUGUCGGCGGAGGGAGAGGUGCGGCGGCGCUCGCAGAAGACGCCGUGGAGGUUGCAGGGGGAGACGGAGGAAGUGGUGGUGUUUGUGAAACCCAAGUCUCGGCGGAGGGCGGAGAAGGCGCGGUGGUCGGAGCGGUUGAGAUGGAGGCGCGCGUUCACGGAGGAGAAGAGAAGGAGGGGGAAGAGGAGGAGGAGGAGGAGUGGAUUGUGGGGAAUAGCCAUUUUUGGUUUGGGAGGGAAGUGAGUGGGGGAUGGAGAGGUUUUGUAGUUGGGAACUGGGGAGAGGCUGGCGGCCGGCCAGGUCUCGUUUUCUUCUCAUCAUCCUUGAGCUAUGACCGCGUGGAAAAAAAUGGUUGCGAGGCGGAAACCAAAUGUGAAAAGAGUAGAAAAUUCAGACGAGGAUGAGACUUGCGAGAGUAGUAGUGGCCUGGCCAGUGGGACUGGGAAGGACACCAAUAACCGGAAACCAAAUU